AUAAAUGUUUAAUAAAGUCCUUUGCUUUUUAGGGAUAAAUUAAUAUCAUCAUCAUUAUAAAUGUUUAAUUAGCAAAUUUGAAAAAUAAUCUAAUUCACCUCUAAACGAAAAAAAUGAUUCCAUGGGAGUGGAUAGGUAUUGGAAACUGCUUGUUUUCCGUAGUCGCCUGUGUGUUUUUAACUAUUUCAUAUGUUGCAAGUCUGUAUGUGUGGAGAACAAAAGAAAACAGAGACCAUCCAAGUACUAUUAAGAGAAGAUUCUUCAGUGUAUUUAUUAUGAUGAUGCUUGCCCCCUUAUUUACAUACUAUUUCCUUAAUAAACCAAUGGAUAUAAGAGAAAUGUACGAAAAAAUGGGUUUAAGAGAAGAGGGAUUUGUUCAAGCCUUAAUAUUACCAUUAUUGCUGACAGUUAUUUUAUUCUUAGGACCACUAUCUAUGCAGUUAUUUUCUGGAGCAUGGAGAAUUUACAUUGAACCAAUGUAUUGGAUAUCAUGUUGGCAAGAUUUAGUUUGGGUUAGAAAUCAUAUUAUGGCACCAUUAAGUGAAGAAUGGGUGUUUAGGGCAUGCAUGAUGCCUUUGUUACUACAGUGUUUGAAUCCAAUGUCAGCAGUUUUUAUUGGACCAUUACUAUUUGGGAUUGCUCAUUUUCAUCAUGUAUUUGAACAGAUUAAGGCUGGAUAUGAAAUAAAGACAGCAUUAAUUGUUUCUUCUUUUCAAUUUACAUACACUACAAUGUUUGGUGCUUAUUCAUCAUUUUUGUUCUUGAGAAGCGGUCAUUUUAUUGCACCAUUAAUGGCCCAUAUAUUCUGCAACCACAUGGGAUUCCCAAACUUUAGUGACGUUGCUCUGUUUCCACCCUUAGAGCGUUUUGUUAUUGUCUGUAAUUAUUUAUUAGGAUUUGGACUGUGGUGCUACCUCUUAAAUCCAAUGACUAGUCCUGAUCUAUAUUAUAAUAAACUAAAUUUUGUUACCUGAGGUAUAGGUACUAAAAACAAUCUUAUAGAUAUGGACUAAUUUAAUAUUUGCGUUAUGGUGGAAGUUCCCAAGUCUGCUAUUUGCAAUAGUAACUAAAUUUGGCAUUCAGAGGCUUCUCUCUGCUAUCCAUUAUUUAUGAGUAAGAUAGUGUUUUUUCUGUUCCAAAACAUUAAAUUUCAAAAUUUACAUAUGUUUAAUGCAAUUUCAUCUAAUAAGGCUCUCAUAUUAACUAGAUGGUGAUGUGUACAUUUUAUAACAUGUUGUUAAUUGACUUUUGUAAACAUUGAUUUCAAGCCAACGGAUACAGGGCAUAUUGUGACAAGGUAAAUUGGGCAAUGUUAAGUUUGAGUAUACAAUACACAAAAUGUG